CUGGUUCUGCUGGGAAGUGGAAAAGGCUGUGUAAAAGAUACAGUUUCAAUCAAAUUAAUGUUGAAUACAUUCAUUCAUAGUUACCUGAGACAAACCUAAUAUGCUUUUGCAGUAAAUGCUGAAGGCCAUUCUCUGGGAUCACUACACCAUUCGUGCCCAAUUGAAGAAAAGAGUGAAAAAGAGUGUCUGGGGCAUUUUGAAACAUGUCUGCCAAGCUACAAAUAUGUGUAAACAAAUGUAAUUUAAACAAAACAAGCCCUACUGUCUAUUCCUUUUAAAAGUAUUCCUGGUGAACAUUGUCUAGAACUGCUUCGAUCAUGUCAUGCAUUUAUCAUUUGAGUUCUUCAUGAUAGAUAUUUCAAAGGUAAUUUAUUGGGUCUUUAAAUAUCCACAUGCCCCAAAGCUAAGCAAUUUCAUUAACAAGAAUGUUUAAUAUUUGGAGUAGGCUCAAUAUUAUUAUUAUACUCUAAAUGUCCUUUACAAUAAUCACUAUUUUACAAUAUGUGUGUUUUAUUCAAUGUAUAGGCUAUAUUUCAUAAAAAAACAUCAUAAACUCCAAAAUACACUAAAGGUUGUAAUGAAACUUUAGUUCAGGUUAUACCAAGUUUAAAGCUCAUGCAUUCAAGCCAAUCUCAACUGAUUAACCAGCUCUCUCUUUCCUACACAGGUUGGAUUGGUGACAUUUCGGAUCAGGCAUAUUUUAAGACGAACUCGUGAACUCAUAUACAAGUGACAAUGUGAGCGAUCAUUUUUAUCGAUUCAACCGAUGAGACUCAUAUAUUAUUUUAAUCUGUGGCAGUGCGUGAAAGGAGAACUAUUGCAAUGCUCACGGGCUAUCUCAUACGUUUAUUUUAGGAUGAAUGCAGUUGCUGUAUAAGGUUACAACAUUACGCUGGGGUCCUUAAUUGAGCAAGCAGGCAGUAGAUGGACAGGAAAUGUCCACAUUAGCCAGCCAUAAACGCGAACUGUAAACAACAACCCAACUAGAUAGCUAGCUAGUUAGUACUAGCUGCUAGUCUUAUUAAAAAACAGAGACACGCUUUAUGAUCAAUGCUGUGUUUGUGAUUUAUGUUGCAUUGUGAAGCGUUAAUGUUUUUGACUUAGGUAGUAUUGUCCCUAGUGUAUAUUCGACAAAAUUAAUCAUAUGUAUAAGAGGCAGCCUGACAAAAUAUCAUCAGCUAGCUACAAACCAUAGCUAGCUAGAUGGGAAGCUAGCUAGCAUAGGUAUCUCGCUAGCAGUAUGCUGUUAAAUAUCUAUGAAGUAGUCAACUGUGCACACAGCUUUGAUCUAUGAUUUGGGAGUGGGUACAUUUACCUCUAAUGAAACGGUAAGGAUCGUUUCGUGGCUUAAGUGCUAUUAUAUCGAAAGGGUUCCUGCCAAGCUAACGUUGUUCGUUAGCUAGUAUCGCGCUAGCGUUGUUAAUGUUAGCUAGGUGGCUACGUUUAUCGGUGUUUUGCAGUUGUGCUGAAGAAGCUUGCUUGAUAACAAGUGGCCUUCUACCGUGGUGGUGUCUAAAAACAAUACCAAGUGUCUCUAUUUCUAAUGUACAACAAUAAUGACCUUGCCACGGAAGAAUAAUCUAUGUGCCCAAAAAACGUCAUCUGCAGCUCCACAUUGAUUUGCUAGCUAGGUAGCUAGCUGUAUCUUAUACGGAUGGAUAGCAAACUGUUUGGCCAAACCUGAAUGCUACGUGAGGAACAUUCAGUAGCGCUAGCUGUCAAAAAAUAUGUCAUGAGGUUAAAGCAGUGUCUUUUACAAGUUAGCCUUUUUUCUCGUCUUUAUCCAUGUGUGUCCACACCAUGCGGGUUGUGGUCAACGUUUAGUUUUAGGACAGUGCAUCAUUCAAUUGUAGGGUGAAAUUAAGACAAUACAUAUGAUACCACGCACCCUCUCAGGCCCGAGGUUGGACAACAGCAUCAUGAUUAUCUACACAGAAGUACAUCGGUGAAUAAGCAAAAUUCAGAUGUUUGUUUUAAGAUCUCCAAAAUGGGUGACAUGAAGACCCCAGACUUUGAUGACCUCUUGGCGGCUUUUGACAUCCCUGAUGCCACUGGUCUGGACGCCAAAGAAGCCAUUUCGGAGAGUCACGAUGAGACAGAGAGUCACCUCAAACACACAGGCAUAUGUAUGGAUGAGAGUGUUUCUCCUCCACACUCUGUAUGUGCAACUGACAUACCUGCUGUCAGUGUCAUCGUGAAAAACACUAGCCGACAGGAGUCUUAUGAGUCUGUGGUGGAGAAAGAGAACCCACAUUUUGGGAACCUACUACAAAAUGGCUUCAGGAGUGCUGGAGGAUCCCUUGACACACACCAUGUUGGUCACAGCAGCUUUUCUAAAGUCGAUAGCCCCUCCACAAAUGGAGACUGCUCUAAAAGUCUCUUGGAAAAAGGCCCCUCACAAUACAAGGCAGAAAGACUCUCAUCAUUCGCAAAGUCAUUGCCCCAGUUUAGUCCCAUAUCCAGUCCAGAGUCUGAGGAUAUGCAGACCAAUGGGGUGAUUGAUGCUCCAAAGCAAACAGAGGGAGCCUACUACCCAACAGUCCCUUUUUUCACACCUGCAGACACCCCUGUGCCUGACAAUCAAAGAAGAAAACAGCCCUACAGCUUGACUGACCAGUGUCAUGAAAGAGACCCCCUUAACGAAACUGUGAAUGUUGUGAAGGCCGGCAUCAUGUCUGACAAGGAAGACAUAACAUUCGACUACAGUGUACAAGAUCUGCGAACACCGGCAAAUGUUUGUGAUGUUGCAGAUGUGCCCAUGAAGGACCACCAUAACAAUGUUGGUGAGAGAAACAAGCAUCCUGUAUCUGAGACAAACACAACUUUAUCUCGUAAAAGUGUCAAACCGCCAACCUCUAAAAUAUCAUCUUGCCUUGAGGCACUGGAAGCUCUAAAUGCCAGAAAGGAUCCAAAUGAAGUAAUCAGUAGAGAAGUGUCCAUGCCUCUUAAUGAAACCGUGAAGGUCAGCCCGAAAGUGCCCAUUUCACCGAGGAGCCCCCGGAGUCCUCUUGAAGUUGUCAAACAGCGCCUGGUCAAACAACCAGACAGUCCCAUGAGCAUUUGCAGUGACAGCAGUGGUAAAGCAUCUCCUGCACUGGCACCCAGCUCAUCUCCAGCCAUACCUAGAGUUAGAAUAAAGACCAUCAAAACCUCAUCUGGCCAAAUUAAGAGAACUGUUACCAGUGUUUUGCCUGAUUCUGAGGCAGAGGACCUUAACUCUUCAAUUGAGUGGUCUCCUGCUCCCUCCUCUGUUGAGGAGUCCUCUUCCAAGACGACGCCUGUGCACCGCUCCCCCGACGUGACUGGUGAUGUCAUUUUUGAAAAUGAAAAGAACCGCUCCCCCAGGACCCUCACAACAGGGGCCCGUACGGCAAAAAGCAAGUCACCAGGGAGUUCCAAGAAGACAACCUUCUCACAGCUUGCUGGUGGCGGUGCUAGGAGGACUACACAGGGACAGAAGCAAAGGAAAGGGUCAUCAGGCCAAGCAGGCUCUGCUCCCAACACUGGCUUCCUCCCUAAAGCCUUACAUCUUGCCAACCUAAACCUAGUUCCCCAUAGUGUUGCUGCUUCUGUCACCGCCAGGUCAUCCUCACAAAGACAAAGCCAGUCCCAGCUGUCUUCGACAGUUGUUUGCAGUGGUGUUCCUUUGGUUCACCAGGUCAAAAAGGCAACCCCAAAUUCACGGGCUGUGAUCCCCAACACGGCUGCCAUGACCCUGAACAGAUUGUUGAAUUACUCCAACCCCGUCCCAACGUAUGUACCUAAUCUGAACCCUCCACCUGAGUGCAAUAUUAGCCUACCACCUCAGGGCUACAGCUGUGCUGAGUGCGGUGACUCUUUUGGGCUGCAGAAGAGUCUAGCGUGCCAUUACAGCCGGAAGAGCGUCCAUAUCGAAGUGACCUGCACCCACUGCGCCAAGACACUGGUGUUUUUCAACAAGUGCGCCUUGCUGGCUCACGCCCGGGAACACAAGAACAAAGGCAUCGUGAUGCAGUGCACACAGCUCUUCAUGAAGCCAAUUCCGGUCAACCAGAUGUUUUCUCCAUCCACAGUAGAGCGCCCCCUGCCUGCAAGCUCAUCUGCCCCUUCUGUGCAGUUUGUUAAAAGCCAGCCAGCCAUGCCCCUGUAUCCAGACAGAAUCGUCCGACACGGACUGAAAUGCCUGGAGUGCAACGACCAGAUGGCGGAUUAUAGAGCACUUGCAGGUCACUACCAAAAGCUGUCAGAGGAAAGAGAUGGACUGAUGUGCAAGGUGUGCACCAUGCUAUUGCCCAACAAGUGCAGCUUCAGGGCACAUCAACGAAUCCACACCCACAAGUCUCCCUACUGUUGCCCCGAAUGUGGAGCAGUCAGUCGCUCUGUGGACAUACAGAAACACGUCAAGGAGAACUGCCUUCACUACUGUCGGAAGGUUGGAUACAAGUGUAUUCAUUGUGAAAUGCUCUACAUAUCGUUUACGGUUCUCAAGAGCCACAUUGAGGAGAAGCAUUGUGAAGUAUUCUACAAGUGCUCUGCCUGCCCAGUUGCCUUCAAAACAUCUGAUGGCUGUGGGACCCACAUCAAGAACAAGCAUAAUGGCAGCACAUUGUCUCCACAGAUAAUAUAUAAGUGUUGCUGUGAGACUGUUUUCAAGAAGAAGCAGUUGUUGUUUCAACACUUCAGUCAACGUGCCAAAAAGCUUGCUACCUGUGUUUUCAAGUGCCCUGAAUGCACUGCGUUUUUUAUGCAGAAACAUCUGUUGGUGCAGCAUUUUAAGGAGAUUCAUGGUGGAGUUUUCAGAGGAGAAGCCUCAAAAAGCACAAAACAAGCAGAGACCAGUUCCCAGCGGCAGGAGGCCUCCACGACAGUGCAGCGGCCACGAGUGAGGCACCCCACUGACGGAGGAGUGAAGAGGGAGAACCCUCCGGUGCGCAAGUCCAGCAGCACCACCGUCAGUAUGAAGAAUGCCGGAUGGACGUGUGGAGAGUGCCUGCUCUGUCUGCCGGACAGGGACACCUAUGUCACUCACAUGAAGACCAGCCAUGGCAAGUCAGUGAAAAGGCAUCCCUGUCGACAGUGUGAUCGGUCCUUCAAUUCCUCCAUGAGUCUCAGGCGACACAUUCGCAACGACCAUGACGGCAAGAAGAAAGUCUAUACAUGCUGGUAUUGCACAGACGAGAAGCCAACCUUCACCAAACACUUCAUGCUGAAGAACCAUAUCAGCCUGAUGCAUGGAAUAAAAAAUCCAGAUUUUAGUCAGAUGUCCAAAGUGGCGUCUCAGGAGACAAACAAGCCCUCAAGAGAGACUGUAAAGAGAAGUGCCAAGGAGACGCAGGUUGGGGGAGGUGAUGGUGCCCCACCAGUUGGCUCCUCAGCGAAGCGCCUGAAGCCCCAGUUCCGUUGCUCCAAGUGUGGUUUCACCACAGACGACCAGGGCCUCUUCCUGGAGCACAUACCUCAACACAAGACCUAUCCUGACACUCCCCAAUGCCAGAACUGCGGCCUCUGCUUCACCUCGCAGCUAGCGCUCAGUAGACACCUCUUCAUCGUCCACAAGGUCAAGGAGCCGGAGAAUCAGAAAGUGCAGAAGGAAGAUGAUGAGGAAGAGAAUGAGAUGCAAAAUCACAAGCCUAAGGAGAAGAAACCAGAGGCGCUCUGUGCUGAAAAGCUGAGUAAGAGAGAUACGUUAUCGGCACCAUCGUCAGAGGACAGUGUUUCCUCAGUUACCCGGGAAACUACCCUACUACAAUGCAACAAAUGCAGUGAGACUUUUGUUGAGGAGUCGUUAUAUCGCCUCCACAUUCAGACUCAUGAAAUGAGUGCGGUGCCAUUUACAGAUGGAGCAAACGAGCAAUGAGAGAGACUUCCAAACCACUCAGAAGCUGCUACCAUCUUUGUAUUUUUAGAAGGAAGCUUAUUUGCAGAGUAUGCGGCUACGAUUUGUGGUACUUAAAACUUGUUGCCUUACAGUAAAUGCAGAUGUCUAGUUUACUCAUGAACGUUUUUUUCAGAAGGAUAAUUACAGUUCUAUAUUUGCUCUGAAAAGGUGCAAAUGAACUGAGUUCAGUAUGAUGUGGAUGGAGUGAGUCCUGUGAGUUUUGUCUUUUGUAUUUUGACUCAUAUAUGUACAGAAUAUUGGUGUGUAUAUGUAUACAUAUACAUAUGUAUAUAUACAUAAUCCUAUAUCUAUGUCUCCUUAGUAUGUGUUGAUGAUAAUCGUAAAUUAUUUUCUUUACAUUUACGUCCAUAAUUAUGAUACAUGUAUUUUGAAAUAUAGUAGAACAAAUGUUUUUGGUACAUGGCAACACACAGCGGUCCAGGCACAACAUUUUAUAUGAAUUGUAUAUUGUAAGAAACUAGUGGUCAGUCAUCAGGCACUUCAGAGACAGUUUUCAGGGUCACCAAAGAUCUGUCAUCAAAGAUAAUUUAGAAUGGAAUUAGAUUUCAUCAGAGAUGUAUCACAGGACUUAUUGCCAUAGUAAUGUCGGCUUGUGCAAUUGGUAGCCAUAUUAUGUAUUGAAAGUUAUUGUUUAAUACGCAAUGACUUAAAGUAACAGAUGUAUUAUGUCCAAGGUGAGGUCAUUUAGAAUAAUGCAAUUUGCCCAUGAUGAAUACAUGAAUGAGAUUUAGCAGUAUUUGACAGUUUGGGAUGAUAAUUCCCUAAAUGCUAACAUGCUAUCUUUAACCCAGGUAUUUGAUCUCAGAGAAAAUGUGGUUUUGUGUUCCUUAUGAGAGAAAGUUGUCUUUUCACUUUUAAAUGAGCCACUCUCACAAUCAAAAGUAGCACUUUUGUAGUUAGAUACAGUAGAUCGGCUUGACCGUAGAUUUGCUUUACAUGCACAUCAUGUUUUGUUGUCCCAUUGUACACUUUGAUGUUGGUGUUGUCUAUGGGAAAUAUCAUUCAGAAAUAUCAGUCUCAUUUUAUAAUUUUGUUUUAUUCUUCGGUAGUUUCUUGUUUUCAUGUUCAUGUUGUUUCAUAGAUGUUUACAUACUGGUGUUAAAUUCAGUAUGUAAGCUAAGCAGUAUGGUCCAUCAACAUCUACUCUUUGGGAUGAUUGUUGAGUUGUCAAUGAAGAAUUGUGUGGAAUCAAGGCAACACUUUUUUUGCUAAUUGUAUGUGGUAUAGGCCGUGUUAACGCAAGAUCUACUAUCAAGGAUGCAUGUAUGUGUGGUUCUGCAGUAUAUGUGAGUUCAACUGGUAGUCCUACCUCCAUGUAUACCGCAGUGGUCUGAAUUUGAAAACAAGUUGUCUUGAGCAGUUCUAGGGUAGUCGUUAAUAGAGUUAUUUUUAAGGAUAUGUUAUCUCCCAUAUUACUCAAUUUUAUAAAUUACUUUGGAGAUGUAUAUUUAUGGUCACAUUGACUUCACAAUGUAAUUUUUUCUAUUUAAGUGCGUGUCCAUCUAUCAACCGUUGCAACAUAGUUGUUGUCAUCCUAGAAAAGUAGAUCCACUUUCUACAAAAUGGCUCCCUUAAAUCUUUCACACGUCUGUUUUUAUACUGACCAUUAAGAGAAACUUUGUACUUUUGAUAAUAUGCAUACAGUAAUAUCAAGGAUUUCACUCUAAUCCAUGUACAGCCAUAAUGCAAUCUCAAGGUCUGUCAUCGGAAGCAUUUCAUAAGCCAUCAUAUAUCUAUUUAACCUGCAUUGGGCAUUGAGCCUUGCUGGUAUGUUUACUUCAGAUUACUGCAAAUAAAACUCAUAUGUCUGUAA